GCGUCUGCACACCGAGUGACGCAGCCUGCAGAGGGCCAACCACAGCAAGGCGAACUGCACGAGAUUUUAUUCCGCUCUCCCUUCCCUCUUCCCACCCCCCCCGUGAUACGAGCGGUGCGUGCCACAGCUAUAAGAUCACUACGACUGACUUCGCCUUCACCACCGCCACCACCACCACCACCACCAACCAACAUCACCACCGCCAGCAGCACUCCUCAAGAGAUAUUUUAUUGUUGGUCGGCCACCACCACCACCACCCCCCCUCUUCUUCACUCUUCUCUCUUCGUGUGUUUUUUUUUGCCCACCAAUUAAUAGUCAACUAUUUGCCGGCCCGGAGCCUGCACAAGAAUCCCAGCAUGGGGAUGUGCUGAGCUGCAUCGUACGCAGAUCCUGCUCAUGACACGGCAUGGACGUCACUGCAGAGAGCAAGGGGACUCCGUGCUAAGGACACGAGGAUUGCAGCACUGAACUGCAACGGACCUCAGAGUCUCCGACUACCCAAGAUCAGGAUGCGGGAUCAAGCGUUGAGUCUACUACUCGCCAAGGCAGACACAUGUUAAUGACGCAAGUCACGAUCCCCUGCCAGCAGAACCAAGCCCGCUGCUUUGCUCUCCACAAAGCUGUAGAGCAGCCUCCACCACUCUCAUUUCACCUGAACUGUUUGCGACUCUGGAGAUGGAAUUUGGUGCUGGGGUUAGAAGAUAUUACACUCAGCCGAAAGGGCUUGUGGUUGAACCUACGGAUUACUUCAGCUGUCCACCGUACAACUGUGAUACAGGAGGGCACCUUGGUGGAAAAUUGUUUUCCAGACACAGAAGCUCAUAUGGCUGCCCAGUGCCGAAGAAGCGGCGCAACAUGGACAAGGCAGUGGUCGCCGCACCGCCCCCGGGAAAGCGCCGCUACCGAUUGCUCAAGCUCAACGGCUCCGCGCAGGAGGAAUUUUUUGAGGUUGAGGAGGAGCCCGAGGAGUCCGAUCGUGGGGAUGCCACCCUCGAAACGGACCGCCAAGAUGAUCGGCAAGGAGAGGAGGAGGAGGAGGCGGGACGGAGAGUAGGGGGUGACGGAGGCGUAGAGGAGUGCGUGAAAACGAGUUACCAAGACGAUUCAGGUAACCGGUCUGUGUUAGCGGUCACACAGCUAGAUGAUGUAAGGGAUGACAGCAAUCCAGACGAGUAUGGAAACUAUGAGGAGUUGGUGGCCAAGUCUCUACUGAACCUGGGGAAAAUUGCAGAGGAGGUGGCCAAUAGUGCAAUGAAUGAGCGUCGAGGCAGCACUGGUAGCUCCAGUGACAGUGAAGACUCACAGGACUCGGACUGGAGGAGUCACAACCAUCUUACGGCACUGGAAGCUGAUACACAAGGAAACCGGGGCUUCUACUCAGAGCAGGAGAAGCCAGGUGAGAACUUUCAGAUUCCCGCAGACGGGCGAGACGGCGGUGGCAGAGAUGAAGUAGAAGAUUCUGUAUGUUUGAGCAGCCUAGAAUGCCUACGGAAUCAAUGCUACGACCUGGCUCGCAAACUCAGUGAGUAUUCGCAACAGGAAGACGAACGCCCGCACCCGGGACCUGCCACCGACGACAACGCCGACGCCUAUAACGGAAGCAGCAGCAGCAUUAGCGUCAGCAGCAAUGUGUGCGAAAACCCCCUGUCGGUACAAACGCAAGAACACGGCUGCUCAGACAUGGUCAACCUCCUCAAACUGGAGGAGCAGCUGAACUCGAAGUCCCCCACCUUUGAAAUAUCCCCGUCCAUGGGGGGCAGCACGGCCAGAGACGACGAGAGCGAGAACAACGAUAUUGACUGCGAGAGGGACAGCGAGUAUGAAGAGCGCGAGCGCGACGGGUGCGGCCUUGACAACAGGAGCGAUGAUAGCGACGACUGCGAAGAGGGCGAAGACGAAGACUCGACAAGUUCUGACAGCACAGAUCACUCAGAUGAAUUUGAUUUGGUUAAAGGGAAUCUUUGCCUUCUGGAGAAAGCCAUUGCUUUGGAGAAGGAAAGGUCAAAGGUCACCAAAUCUAAGCACACAGCGGAAGGGCACGUUAAGUACUCCAGAAAGGGGAGCAGAGAACCAAAAUAUGGAGCAAAAGCGGCAGGACGAAUGAAAUCGGCUGAGUCCCACAACAGAAAAACGUAUCAUUCAAAAGAUCUGCGUGGGGAUCGCAGGGAGAGUAAGUGCCCCACUCCUGGCUGUGACGGGACGGGUCACGCAACGGGCCUCUACCCGCACCACCGGAGCCUCUCGGGCUGCCCGCACAAGGAUCGCGUCCCGCCCGAGAUCCUCGCUCUGCAUGAAAACGUGUUGAAGUGUCCCACGCCUGGCUGCAACGGGAGAGGCCACGUGAACAGCAACAGGAACUCCCACAGGAGCCUGUCGGGGUGCCCCAUUGCAGCUGCAGAAAAACUCGCCAAAACCCACCACGUGAAGCAGCAGCCCAGCAGCGAGGGCCUCAAAUCCAGCCCGCGGUCCGACCGCGUCCUCAGGCCCAUGUGCUAUGUUAAGCAACUGGACAUCCCAGGCUAUGGUGAGAGGACUAACGUGUCACCCGUGACACCUCGCUCGAACCUUACCAAGGAGUUGGAGAAGUACUCGGAGAGUGUGUAUGAAUAUCCAACGUUCGACGUGCCCGAUUUUGGAAAGUGUGCCGUACUAUCCAAGGGACCCGAGCGGGAGUCUUCACCUCUGACCUACACAGGUGACCACUACGUAAAACCGCUGGCUUCGUGCAGCCCGGCGGACAGCGGCUACCCGCCGAGCUGCAGCCAGCCGGCCAGCUUCGACUACAUUCACGACGACGAGGCGGCCCACAUGGCCGCGACAGCCAUCAUCAACCUGUCCACGCGCUGCUGGGAAUCGCCGCAGCCGCUCUUCAGCCGCAGCCAAGAGCUCACACCCACGCAAAGUCAGCCGCUGGACAUGGGCGAGAGAGGGAGCAUGGAGCUCAGCUUGAGCCAGAACCGGGAGCUGGUCGGUGGAGGCGGUGGCGGUGGCAGCAGCUUGGUGGGCUCGCCGAGCCCGUACUCCCUGCACAGCCCUGGUGCCAGCCUCCUGGGCGGCGGGGGGCGCGCCUGCCUGCUGGCCGACGCUCACAACCCGUGGGACACCCCCGGGGACUACCCUCCCCACACGGGGAGGCCCAUGGAGGCGGAGCCGCAGAAAGAGGUUGAAGACUUGCCAGAUUUUAUGGAGGAGAGGAGAUAUUCAAGAGAAAUCAGCUUACGAGGACCCAAAGUCAAGAAUGGUCAUUGUAAAGAUGGCAAGAAAGAGAUUAUUGCUUGCCCAACUCCAGGGUGUGAUGGAAGUGGCCAUGUCACUGGGAACUACGCAUCACACAGGAGUCUCUCUGGCUGCCCACUGGCAGACAAGAACAUCAGGAGCAUUAUCACCUCCAACACUCAAGAGUUAAAGUGUCCGACCCCUGGCUGUGAUGGCUCGGGGCACAUCAGUGGCAACUAUGCAUCGCACAGAAGGGUGAAAAUAUUCCACAACACUUAUGGACAAAACAUUCAUCAAAAAGCUACAUUACUCUCAAAUACAACAACAAGGGAAGGGUGCCCUGUGCCGGGCUGCGAUGGGCAGGGCCAUGUGACAGGCAAGUACGUGUCGCACCGCAGUGCCUCCGGAUGUCCCAUCGCCACCAAGCGCCAGCACGAACGCUUUCUCAGCGGGCCGCAAGUGGUCCCUUGGAAGGCCAGCAAGGGAGAUGGCGUCUCCUGCCCCACGCCGGGAUGCGACGGAUCAGGCCAUGCCUACGGCAGCUUUCUCACCCACCGCAGCCUGUCAGGUUGUCCCAGAGCGACCUUCGCCAUGAAGAAGGCCAAGCUCUCAGGGGAAGAGAUGAUGACGAUCAAACUGCGAGCCUCAAAUGGCAUAGAGAACGACGAGGAGGUCAAGCACCUUUACGAGGAAAUCAAAGAUCUGGGAGAAUCCAACUCGCAUGUGGAAGUGGAGAUGAUCAAACUACGGACGCAGAUCACCAGUCUCGAGGACAAUCUGAAAUCAUCGCAAGAGAAAAACAGUCGGAUGGAGGGGCAGAGCGAGACCCUUCUGAGCGAGCUGUCCAGCCUGAGUCAGACUCUGAUCAGCAGUCUGUCUGGGGUGCGUCUUCCCAGCAUGGAUCCGAUCAAUGAACAGAAUUUUGACACCUACGUGUCAAAGCUGACAGACGUAUACAGCAACCAGGAGCACUACCAUAACCCGGAAAACAAAAACCUCUUGGAUAGCAUCAAGCAGGCCGUGAAAGGUAUCCAAGUUUAAUGCCGAUAGAAUGAAGAAAGAAGGCCCAUUUCUGCAUUAAUGUCUGAAAGUGUUCUCAUUCUUUUCCUUCGAAAAAAAAGUUCCUAAAAUGUGUGACUUUUUACAGCACUUUGAUUCACUGUAUGAUGUAAGACCUGUUUAUAAAAUCCUAGGUAUUGGAUGGCCCUGCUGCUGGCUUUUAAAAUGUCAUCAUUUAAUGGCUUUUAUAUUGCUUGCACAUUGGCAGCUAGUGUGUUCAAUUAUAAAAAAAAACAUUCACGUAUUAUAAACACACUGAAAAAAAUGCAGAAAUAUAUGAGUUCUCGUGGGUUUUAAAUGACGUACUUAAAGGUGAGAUCGCGAUAUGUACUGAUGCACAAUAAUGAUGAUGAUGAUGUAUCACAAAUAUUUGUGAAGCAAGGUACCUAUCUAACAGUGAAUUUUAUUAAAAGAUAAUCAUUCCAGCCAUUUUUGCUGCAUUACAUAAUUUUUAAAGUUAUCUAGUAUUUUGUUAGCUCUGCAAUGGUGAAUUUAAAGGGUGACGUUGUACUUGUUAUUUAAGUUUAAUAGAAUGCUAUUUUUUAGAAUGGGAGUAUUUUACAUUGCUAUUUGUAAUAUUGCUUAGCAAUUGACAUUUCUGAAAGCUACAUUUGUGGAUAAUGUAAAAAUGUAAGGUGAUGGCACUUAAAUGUGAAUUUUGUUCCUGUAAAAUUGUGAAAAUAACUGAAUAUAUUGAUUACAAAUGAGUGUAUCGCACUACUUUGACAAACAUAUAACAGCAUGGCGCUUAUAUGCUUUAGUCAUCUGUGUUACGAUAAUCCUGUUUCAUACCAGGAUCUUAUUUUGUAGUCGGGGUUUCUCUCCUUGUACCCGCUGUUCACGUACAGCAUCCUGUUUGGCUUCACGAGCAGAAUGGCACGGUCUUUCCUGCCCGCUUCGAUCGAUCUGUUAUCUGCAAGAGAGAAUUGUGGAAAUAUGGACAAUAUAGUACGUGUUACUUUUACAUCUUAUGUUAAUUUUUAACACGUUUGAAUCAAUGAAAAAUUAGAUAUUUUUACACAUUACAUUGUUUAAAACGUAACUCACUCUAUUGUCUAUGUUUCCAAACGGUUUGUGCACCAUUAAACAAAUCUCGUUAUCUGUGGAAUCAGAUAAGACAUGCCACUUGCUUAAUUUGAAAAUAUUCACGUGUUUUCUAUGUAUGGUAAUGUUGCAAAUCAAAUUUCAAAAUGACCGAAAAUCCCCAGCAAAUUUUUUUUUUGAAAAUAUAAUUCAACAUUUUAUAUUUGUAAUGUUUCAAAUGACAUUUUAUUGAGUGGCAGCCACCGCUGCCGAUGUCACGGAAGGGUAAUAUUUUCUGUGAAGUGUUUUUCUCUCGAGCUCGCGUAUAGGAAGUGAUUGCAAGUUCACAGUGACGUUGGUUCGGUUGAGGGAACAUUUGGCUGUGGCUGGAUCUAAGAAGCCGGCAUGGCGUCUGCAUCGUCGGUGCAUUCCGGACGUGUUGUAACUGAAUCGUUUGGGCCGUCGUGGACCAAAGGCGAGAAAAUGCGAGUAAUUAGUACGUUUAAUGUGAGUUAAGCACACGAGCCAAUAACCGAUCCCGACGAUCGAUCCGUUCGUUCAGAAUUUUCGCUACCCCACUUCUCCGCGAAGGACCCACGCGUACAGCCACGAAACUGGGCCCGCUAAUUCCGUAUUAUUCUGUAUUAUGCCAUGAAGUCAUCCACAACUGAGGGUUAUAUUCGGGAGCCUCUUACUAUAUUAUUUAUAUUUCUGAUGUAUUGGAACCAGAGCAAUGAUAUCUACAUUGAAGUACAGUAUGUUGUUUAUAAAACAAUUGUAAGUAGUUUUUGGAAAGAAUGACAUUGGCACUAAGGUAGGAUGUGUUAAGCACUUUAUUUUCCCACGAUGCCUGAACGGCUCCUUCGGUAUGACUCCCGUUUUUGCUCGAUGAUUUUACUAAUCCCCUCCCCUCCCCAGACCUAUCUUGCUGCUUGCUACCGCUUUUUAUCUAUAGCACACUUUGUCAAAGUGCUCUGUGUGGUGCUUGUCCUGUGCCUUGACCCGUUUCGUAGUUUGCUUUUUCAAUGUGUGCGCCCCCCCCCCUCUCCUACCCCACCCCCCCAGAUUUUGAACUGUCUCCCACCACACCGCCCCCACUUACUCUCCAGCCCCCCUCUCCUGUACCCCCCCUGCCCCCUUCCUCUCACCACUACCCGCCCUGACACCUAAACCACACGAUUAAACAGAGUAUUCCAUAUAUGUAGUUGAUGACAAACGUAGAACAGUUGUAAUAUCCUUGCAUGUACAGUAUAUGUGUUUUGCAAGGACAAGUUGUACAAUGCACCCAUAGCAUCAGAUUCACAUCCAGGAGGAGUUUAAAAAAAUUACUUAAAAGUACUUAAAAAAAAACUUCCUCAGGCAUUUUGGUAUUUGUAUGAAGACAUGUUGGUAAUAACCAACAAAAAUAUGAAUAUAGGUGUAAAAACAAUUGCUGCAAGCAACAAAAUGAAAUAGUUUACCAGAAUACCUCUCCUCUUUGGAUUUAUAUGUGAAUUAUAAUGGCCGUUAAUAGAAACAGGACACAUUUUCAGAAUCCAUAUUUAACUUUUUUGGUUAUCUGUAUAUAUAAUGCAGGGUUAUUGAACCCUUAUUUUGAUUCUGCUUAAGCAAUACCUGUAGCAUGCCUGAUUUGUUUGAAGUAAAAGUGAAUGUGCUUUGUUUAUUCUGCAUCAGCCUUGAAGCACAAGUUUAUGCAUAGACCCCAUUUUCCUUGCUUAUAAGAUGAAAAACAAAAUACAUUUUGGUAUGUUAAUAGGCUUAAGACGAAUCUGUAAAACUGUACAUUCUCAAUUAAUUUACAAAAAAUAGAUUUAUCAUUUUUGGGUUUUCCAUUUGUAAUUACGUUUUAAAAAAGUACGGUACUGUGAUAUUUUGUGAAGACAUAAUUUAUUGUUGGGUGAAAAAAAGUUUAUUUUUUUGGUAAUAAGUGCUGUAACAUAUAUGUUACAUUCCUAUUCCAUCAGAAUAUGUGGAUUAUAACAGAAACUGGACCAUAUUUAUUGAAAAUUGAGUAGGGAUAUAAAAUCCUUACACUUGAUAAACAGUUUGAUUCUAAUGUUGACAAAUGCACUUGUUCAUGUCGCAUAAGUGUCGUUCAUAAUGUUUGCUGUAGCUGUUAAGUUAAGCAGCCAAAUGUCAAUAUCAGUGGAUUGUGAUAAAUUUAAUAAAGUCACUCGAAGGCACUA